AUGGCGCUCAAGAACCUAGCCCUUCGUCCAGCGGCUGAUGUGGUUGCUGAGUACGACAGCGACACGGAGACUGAAUGGGUUCAAACACCGUCGGAUGAUACUCUGCCAGACGAGGAUGAGAUCAAGAUAGACCCCAACGGGGACUUGCUACUGCGCACCGGAGCCGACCCUUCGUCUGGCGACACUCUAUCAUUCCGCGUUUGCUCCAACACACUACGGCGCUCAUCCUCUUUUUGGAAAAGGUCGCUCUACGAGAUGUCUUCCGAGACCAUAACGCACGAUGGGGAAUGGUGGGCGUGCACUCCAUCGCUCUACGCUUGUCAGUAUGACAAGUCAUCUGGACUCAUCAUCCUUCUCAACAUCAUCCAUUCCAAGUUCCAUCAGGUACCAAGGGAUGCUACGGUCACCGAGAUCUACAACACUUUAUGUCUCGCAAGCCUAUACGAAAUGGAGGAGGUUCUGCAACCUUGGAUCGCGCAGUGGUAUGGCGCGUUGAAAAAUGCGGAAACCAGUCGGAGCGGAAGAGACCUUGGGAUGCUUGCGUGCAUAGCUUGGACACUGGGCGAUGAGCGGCUCUUUCAAAAAAUGAUUGCCAAAAUCACACUUACUUGUGUCGCCGACGAGGAGGGCCACCUGAUGACAGCUGAUGGUGUUCGCUUGGACGACUACACUCACGACUUUCUUGGCUCGCCUUUGAUAUCUGAAACCAUCCGUACAAAACGAAGCCAGCUGGCCUUGGACCUGCCAUCACACCUGAAUCAUCUAGUCGACAGGCUAAUAGAGGGCAAAUGGCUGUGUGUCGGUAUUUCUGACAUCCCGGUUACCAGAGACAAGAAAUGCGAUUAUAUCGUUCUCGGAAGUGUGUUUGCGGGACUGAUAUACGUCCGAGGGUCCAGAGCAACAGAGGUUGAGAUCAGAUCAGACGAGAGCAUCAUGGACCUGCUAAAAUCUCUUAAGCGAGUGCUUUCAUAUAUGACCUGCUACGAAAAGCAUUUGGAUUGCAACCCUGCAGAACGGAUUGUGGCCGCAAUGAUGGAAACAGUCGACGGCGUGGAUGUACCGUUGAACACAGACUGCACCCUGAGAAUGAGGGAACAGCGACAAAAGUUAGGGUUAGAAAACAAAUCAUAA